AUGGACGUAGGAGGAGGAGAAGACAAAAGCGAUCUCGAGGUAGACGUUGAAGACAAUUCCAUGGACGAUCUCAUUAAAGACCGAUUCAGACUCAACGCAAUCUCUAUCGCCGAAGCCGAGGCCAAGAAAAACGGAAUGGAGAUAGCCGGACCUGUCGUCGCAUGCGUGGCAGAUUUGGCCUUCAAAUAUGCAGAAAAUGUUGCAAAGGACCUUGAACUCUUUGCUCAUCAUGCUGGACGCAAAGUUGUGAAUAUGGACGAUGUUGUUCUCUCCGCGCACAGAAACGAUAACUUAGCUGCAUCUAUGAGGUCAUUGUGCAAUGACCUAAAGGCAAAGGAGCCACAAUCUGAGAGGAAACGCAAGAAAAUAUCAGCCAAGAAAGAUGACAAAGCCAGUAGUAGCAAUGCAGUUCUCGCAUAA